GUGCGGUAGCCUGACGCAGCCUCCGUGCGCUCUGUGGAGCGGUACAGUGGACCAGGAGCCUCCGCCCAGAGUCGCUUCAUUAUCGGACUGUCACCGCGUCCUGCCUCGGUGUUCAGGGGGCUGCAAGAAUGACGGACAACAUCCCCCUCCAGCCCGUCAGACGACCCAAAAGAAAUGACAAUAAAAACAGAAAUGGCUGCUGCCCAUGGUCACGCUGCUGUGGGAUGGGGGAGCUGCGUCCUCGCACAGUGUGGUUGGGACAUCCAGAAAAGAGGGAACAGAGGUUCCCCCGAAAUGUCAUCAACAACCAGAAAUACAACUUCUUCACCUUUUUACCCGGGGUACUAUUUAAUCAAUUCAAGUAUUUCUUCAACUUGUACUUUCUACUACUGGCCUGCUCUCAGUUUGUGAAUGAGCUGAGAUUAGGAGCCCUCUACACAUACUGGGUCCCUCUGGGCGCGGUGUUGUUCAUAACCAUUUUACGAGAGGCUGUGGAUGAAAUUCGCUGUUACCUUCGGGACAAAGAAGUCAACUCACAAAUCUACAGCAAGCUCUCUACCAGAGGGACGGUGAAGGUGAAAAGCAGCGGCAUCCAAGUAGGAGAUCUCAUCAUCGUGGAAAAGAACCAGCGUGUUCCAGCAGAUAUGAUCUUCUUGAGGACCUCAGAGAGAAACGGCUCCUGUUUCCUGCGCACUGAUCAGCUCGACGGAGAGACAGAUUGGAAACUGCGCCUCCCAGUGGCCUGUACGCAGAGGCUGCCCACUGCGGGGGACCUUCUACAAAUCAGAUCGUACAUUUACGCCGAAGAACCAAACAUAGAUAUCCACAACUUCAUUGGCACAUUCACAAGGGAAGACGGAGAUCACCCUGUCAAUGAAAGUCUCAGCAUUGAAAACACGCUGUGGGCAAGCACUGUUAUAGCUUCAGGCACAGUAAUGGGGGUGGUGAUUUACACAGGCCGAGAGCUGCGCAGCGUCAUGAACACCUCCAACCCCCGAAACAAGACAGGCUUGUUCGACCUGGAGGUGAACUCUCUCACUAAGAUUCUCUUCGGGGCCCUGGUGGUGGUUUCCAUGGUGAUGGUGGCCCUACAACACUUCGCUGGACGAUGGUACCUACAGAUUCUACGCUUCCUGUUACUGCUCUCACACAUCAUCCCCAUCAGUUUGCGUGUGAACCUGGACAUGGGGAAGAUGGUUUUCAGUUGGAUGAUAAAGAAAGACUCCAAGAUUCCCGGAACAGUGGUUCGAGCCAGCACCAUCCCAGAACAACUGGGACGCAUCUCCUACCUCCUCACGGACAAGACCGGGACACUGACCCAGAAUGAAAUGGUGUUCCGGCGUUUGCAUCUGGGGACUGUGGCCUACGGAAUGGACUCUAUGGAUGAAGUACAGAGCCACGUGUUCAGUGCUUACACUCAGCCCACUCAUGACCUCCCGGCCUCCAGAGCUCCAGGGGCCACUAAAGUGAGAAAGACCAUCAGCAGCCGAGUGCAUGAGGCAGUGAAGGCCAUCGCUCUUGUGCAUAACGUCACCCCGGUGUACGAGUCCAACGGAGUGACCGACCAGGCAGAGGCUGAGCAGCACUAUGAAGACACAUGCAGGGUCUACCAGGCUUCUAGUCCUGAUGAGGUGUCGCUGGUGCAGUGGACUGAGAGUGUGGGACUGACUCUUGUUGGACGGGACCAGUCUUCUAUUCAGCUGAGGACCCCCACUGGACAAAUCCUGAACUUCACCAUCCUGCAGAUUUUCCCCUUCACCUACGAGAGCAAGAGGAUGGGCAUCAUAGUGCGGGAUGAAUCGAAUGGUGAGAUCACUUUCUACAUGAAGGGAGCAGAUGUGGUGAUGGCUGGGAUAGUUCAGUACAACGACUGGCUGGAGGAGGAGUGUGGAAACAUGGCUCGUGAAGGCCUGAGAGUCCUGGUCGUGUCUAAGAAGUCACUGACAGAGGAACAGUACCAGGAUUUUGAGGCACGUUAUGUUCAGGCCAAGCUGAGCGUUCACGACCGCUCCCUGAAGGUGGCGACAGUGAUCGAGAGUCUGGAGAUGGAGAUGGAGCUUCUGUGUUUGACCGGAGUGGAGGACCAGCUGCAGACAGACGUCAGACCUACACUGGAGAUACUCAGGAAUGCAGGCAUCAAGGUCUGGAUGUUGACAGGAGACAAACUGGAAACUGCCACCUGCACAGCCAAGAACGCCCAUCUGAUCACACGCUCCCAGGACAUCCACGUCUUUAGACCUGUGACCACACGAGGAGAGGCCCACCUGGAGCUCAACGCCUUCAGAAGAAAACACGACUGUGCCCUCGUCAUAUCUGGAGACUCACUGGAGGUUUGUCUGAAAUAUUACGAGUAUGAGUUUAUGGAACUGGCCUGUCAGUGCCCUGCGGUCGUGUGCUGUAGAUGUGCUCCUACUCAGAAGGCCCAGAUUGUACGUUUACUUCAAGAACGCACCGGAAAACUCACCUGCGCCGUGGGAGACGGAGGAAACGAUGUGAGCAUGAUCCAGGAAGCGGACUGUGGCGUGGGAGUGGAGGGCAAAGAGGGUAAGCAGGCGUCUCUGGCUGCAGACUUCUCUGUGACUCAGUUCAAACAUUUGGGGCGCCUCCUAAUGGUCCACGGACGCAACAGCUACAAGAGAUCAGCCGCUCUCAGUCAGUUUGUGAUCCACCGCAGCCUCUGCAUCAGCACCAUGCAGACGGUGUUCUCUUCUGUGUUCUACUUCGCCUCUGUGCCGCUGUACCAGGGAUUCCUGAUUAUCGGGUAUUCCACCAUCUACACCAUGUUUCCUGUGUUUUCUCUGGUUCUAGAUAAAGAUGUCAAGUCUGAGGUUGCCAUGUUGUAUCCAGAAUUAUACAAAGAUCUCCUCAAGGGCCGACCGCUGUCCUACAAGACAUUCCUAAUAUGGGUCUUAAUCAGUAUUUACCAAGGCAGUAUCCUGAUGUAUGGAGCGCUGGUCCUGUUUGACUCUGAGUUCGUUCACAUUGUAGCGAUCUCGUUCACGUCGCUCAUUCUCACAGAACUCCUCAUGGUGGCGCUCACCAUCCAGACCUGGCACUGGCUCAUGAUCGUGGGGGAGCUGCUCAGUCUGGCCUGCUACAUUGCAUCCCUCGUGUUUCUGCAUGAGUUUAUAGACGUGUACUUCAUCACCACAGUGUCGUUCUUUUGGAAGGUGACAGUGAUCACUCUGGUCAGCUGUUUACCGCUCUACAUCCUCAAGUAUCUACGGCGACGCUUCUCCCCUCCCAGCUACUCCAAACUCACCUCAUAGUACUACUACUACCACUGCUACUACUACUGCAACUAUUACUGCUAAUACUACUGCUAUUACUACUACUACUGGUACUACUACUGCUACUACUACUGCUACUAAUACUGCUACCACUACACCUCUACAUCCUCAAGUAUUUAUUUACCACUGCUACUACUACUGGUAUUACUUACUACUGGUACUACCACUGCUAUUACCAAUUACUACUAUUACUACAACUAGUACUACUGCUACUACUACUGACCCGACCCUACACUUCUGCUACCACUACGACUGUCACUAUUACUGUAACUACUGUUACUACUACUACUGUCCCUAGACCUCUACAUCCUACGGUGGUGCUUCUCUCCACCCAGCUACUCCAAACUCAUAGCACUUCUAAUUAUUCUCCUCAUAGUAGUAUGACUACUACUUCUACCAGUAUUAUUACCACAGCAACACAGAAAGAUUACACUUUAAGUUCCACUUUAAUUGGCCUAUUAAGCAUGUUAUAAUGAUCUCCCAUUAAAACAUAACUAACGACUACUGCUAUUACUACUACUUCUCCUCUCUGUCCUCAAGUAUCACACCGAUGCUUCUCCCCACCCAUCUCCUCAUACUACUACUACUACUACUACUACUACUACUACUUCUGGUACUGCUAAAACCACAACAACUUGACUACUACUACUACUUCUGCAACUACUGCUCUUACUACUACUGCUACUUCGACUGCAGUUCAGAAACACUACAGUACAAUAACAUGUCUCUGUCUGGUCCCAUAUUAUGCAAAAUCAUCUUGAAUUAAGCUUAUCACGUAAUUAUGUUCUCAAAACAUCACACUGUCCAUACAUUUCAAUUAUUUUCACGUAUAAAACAUAAAAAAGAGAGUUUAAAUGCAUUAAAGAAGAUUUUGAAAAAGCAUAAUAUGGGAUUUUUAUGUUGUCUUGGGAGCGUGCAUGGACCGAAAUGCCCUUUAAUGUAUUGGUUUGCGUGCAGUAUGCUAAUGAACCGGAGUGAAUCCUGCAGAAACGAGGUGCAAACUGCAGAGAACAAUAUAAGGGAAAUAAGACUCGCUUUUCUGACAGCCAAUGCAGCAUUAAGUUUGAAAUAUUUUAUUAAAAUGUGAUGAUUCUUGUUUGAAAAUGAUCAAUAAUGAUGCUAACCUUUGUGAAGGAUUUAAAUGAAAAAAGUUUAUAUUAGGGGUGGGCGAUAUGACACUAUAAACCACUUCUUAUGUUUACGUUUAUUCACAGUUAUUGAACAACAGUGAAAAUCCUUAACCCAUAUUUUUGACAUAAUCUCCACAUGUCUACCUUGUGAGUGACAGGUGGAGUUGACCAAUCCCAGUGAAGUAUAAACUCCUACAGUAAAAAAGAUUGCAUUUUUACACCUUAAAUGAGAGGCAAAGCGAUUACAUAUCCAAGUAUCAUGAUUAUUAGAGAUGCACCGUACUGGUAUCGAAUAUCAGCACUCAUAUUGAAAAACUUCGAAAGAUCUGGUAACGAAAUAUCGUGAUAUCGUAUCGUCAAAGUUCUAAUAAUAAUAUCAUGGACCAUCACAAUAUAUCGAAGUCUCUUUGCUUAAAUUAAGAGUAACAAAAGACAGAGGGAACUACAUAGACCAUGAUCCUUUGCUGCAUUUCAGUGCAGACUACAAAAAGAAAUAACAGUUAAGCACUUUUAAGUCUUAGUUCUUUGGAUUAAGUCUUGUCAAGGCAUUUAAGAGGAAAAAGUAGCAUAUUAACAGUUUUGUUAGCCUCCACAAAAUAUCGCAAUAAAUAUCGUACCGUGAGAUGUAUAUUGUGAAAAUAUUACGUAAAUAUCGUAAGAGAUUUGGAUAUUGUUACAUCCCUAAUCGUGAGCCUCCCCACCAUAUCGUGAGCUUUUCCCACGAUAUCGCAAUAAAUAUCGUACCGUGAGGUUUAUACUGUGUCGUUAUCGUUACUCCCCUAGUUUCAACAUAUUAGUUAAGCCGAUAUCCUGCUUUGACCUUUAAUUGGAUGUAAUAUGACUAUUUACAGGGUGAUUUAGGCCCUAGAACAGGGGUCUCCAACCUUUUUUCUCCAGUGAGUUGCCUUUACAACAUAAAAAUGACAGAGACCUACUAGUUUUAACAGUCACAAAAAACUGAGUUUAAGAGCCUUGGCAAGCUUUAGAUGAGGUACAGUUAGAUGCCUAUAAAACAUAAACCAUUAUCUAUUUAUAAAUGAUACAUGUACAGUGGUAAUCGGCAUUUAAUUCAUUAGAUUUUACUUAUUCAGCACAAUACGUGUAAUUCAAAGAUUCCUUGGCGAGCUACUUGGAAGGGGGUGGAGAGCUACCGGUCACUCCUGAAAUACAGGUUGGAGACCCCUGCCCUGGAAUAUCUCGUAAUGUUUUAAAAUAUUUAUAUAUUAGGUCGAUAUUUGCACUUGCACUUUAAAUCUUCAGCACAGGCCGACAUUCAGUUUUGGCUGACACACAAAGAGUACACAGCUUUAUUAAUUUCACACUUAACUGCAAAUUGAGAAAACUCAGCACAGCUCUCUUAUAGUUUUGUGGUCAUGAAAAGGCAGAGGGUGAGUUUGUAGUCAAUUUAAAUUGCAUAAAUUGGGGAAAAUAAUCUAAAUCAGCCCUUGGUAUCAAGCCAGUAUAAGUAGAAGUAUCAGCUUAAAAAUAUUUGCAUAUCUUAUUGGCCAUGGGUUGCUCUGAAUUCUAGUCAGUCUACAUCAGUCAUAAAAAAAAAAAAAAAAAAAACAUGAUCGAUCUCUAAUUUGGAGGAUAAAUAACAGAUGCGUAGCACAAUUUGAUUUCUUGUGUAAUAAAUUACUGUAAUGUAAGGAAAUAAGUGUCAUUUUCUGUCCCUACUCUGGUAUCGGGUAAUAUCGGAUAGCGGCAGAUACUUAAAUCAAAGUAUCAGUAACGGUAUCAUAACUGAAAAAGCUGGAUCGCUGCAUCCCUAAUGAUUAUAUUUGAAAUUACAGUGACCUAGGUUUUAAAAAAUCCUUUUCUUUUUUGUCAUAUCGCCCACUCUAAAGUUCAAUGAAGGGAAAUUACUGGAAGAAAGUGAUUAUUUUGAGUCAUAUUGCUAAAAAAUCACUAGAGACUUGACUCAUUCUGCUCUAAAACUGUCUCUAAAUGACUAAGUUUACAGGUUUGACUAUUUGCUUAUGCGUCACUCCGACUACAACAUGGCGGAGGCUGGUGGUACAAAGGUUUAAUUUAAAAUGACUCUGGCUAUAUCUGUGUUCUCUUGUUGCCCCGAAUAGACAGUCUGUCGUAUUUUUAGGAUUAUGUUGACCGCAAAGGAGUGCAAGUUAUUUGUAACGUUGGACUCCUGGUCAGCUCUCGGUCAGUCCUCGUCCACUGGAGAAUGCAUUGUGUCGUCUGUGGUCAAACUCCAUGAGUCACUGUAAAACGAAAGCCAUAACUUAAAAUAUCCACAGCGACCAGUGUCCAGUCAACAGAAAGGGAAGCAAAUAUAGUCCAACAGUGUGGACAUUGUAGCUGUUUGGGCAGGCAGUUUAUAAAGUUGAUCUACAAACAGUAUUUUUAAUCAACUUCUCAAACGAUUUAAAGGUGCACUAUGUAACUUUUCUGGCGCAGGGUCCACUACCUUGUCUGCAUGGAGAUGUUAUUUCUGUGCAACAAUGGAUUCCUGUGAGUUUAUGAAUUCACUAAUAUCGUGAGAAUUCAUCUUCCUAACACAAGGUUAUUGACAACGUAGUGUCUCCACUCAAUUUCAUUUCUCUCCAGCGACUAGGUCAGGAAUCAGAAUACACUAAACUGUUUGCAAGAACCCCGAAAGUUGUAGACUGCACAUCGGCCAGUCAGCAAAGAGCUGAACCAACCCAAGUUGCAAUAGCAGACUGCAUACAUCAUCCUCCUUUGGACUUCCUUUGUCAAAUAUAAACUUUUGACAAACCUUUAAAUUCGCAAGUUCAUCUCGCAGAAACGACAAUGAUCGUUGACAGACAUGUUCACUCUCUGCUUUGUUUCCUGUUGUGCUGGCAAUUACUUGGACACCACUGAGUGUUCCGGCACAUUACGUACAUCACAACCAAAUAGCAGCAAUUGGUUAAAUAAAAAGUACCCACACAUCAAGCGAACGAAUCCUAAUGCUGCGAGGUCCACGAAGUGAAACCAGUUGAUGAAUCAGGCUAUUGACAACCUGCUUCUACGGAACUGUUAUCCCUCCUUAGAAUGUUCCACAGUAUGGCAUUAAGCGUAUCCAUCUGCCAUUCAUUUAAAUACAUGUGUUUUUAUUGACAAAAGACGUUCUAGCUGUGAACAGACUCUCUACCUGUAACUGUAACUUAGCCUGGUGGCAUCAGCGGUUUGUCUUUGAUAUAGAACAAUGUAGUGCCAUACAGUAAGGUUGUCAAAAGUAUCGAAAAUCAGAUAGUCAUUUGAACAAGUAUCGAUACUACAAAAGUCCCAUUCACAGGACAGAAAUUAACCUUCCCAGAAUAGCUUUAGAAUGAUCUAGAGCUGUAUCAGAACAAGUGUAAGAGCACAUAGACUAGUAUACACCCGUGGACCACUGAAGGAUUAGGACCACAUGGGAAUAGAAAAGAAAGUACCAUUGUUUUUCAUUAUCACCAUGUUAUCAGAAUCUGCAUUGAGUAUCAAGUCUAUUCCAGGAGCAGAACAUUCCCUAGACAAGUUAAGCAGUGCACCUUUAAGCAAAAUUGGUCACCUAAAUAAAUGUAUCCAAUUUAUUUAGUGAAUAAGUUCUGAUCUGCAAACACAAAAUGGAACCAUAACAUCAUGACCAAGAUACCAACCUCUGAAAUGAAAAUCGCUGAACGAAGUGCCGUUCGCUCUGUUUGCAGUUCCAACGUUAUUUGAGAUUUGAGUUUGAGAAUGCAGUGACUUUUGACUCUUGAAUCAUGUUUUUCAGUCCAGUGGUAAUGAUUCUGAAUACGCUGAACCACCUCCACUUGUCUCCAACUUUGUCCAUCCAUUUUCAUUUAAAGGAAGUUAAACAGUGAAGGAAGUACUACUGCACAUGUAUUUCUCUAUUGUAAUUAUAUUUUGUACUGUUUUUUUUUAUUAUUUACAAUUGUUGAACAUAAUUCAUCAUGUUGUCCUUUCGUCAUUUCUAAACCUGGUCACAUUUGAGUGACUUGUGAAUGUGCCAUAACCUCCUCACUCCUCUUUCUCUGAUUUGCACACGUUUUGUUUUGAAUACUGUUUUCUGUUUUUUACUGUAACAUGACUAAACCUGCUCGUUGAAUUUAAUUUGGGUGAGUGCAAAAGAUGAAUUGUUAUGUUAUUUAUUCUAGUUUGUAUUUAUGGUGUGAUGGUUUUGUUGCUCGCUCAUGAGCAGAACAAAAGGGAAACCUGUGUCAAUGUUGUGAUGAAUAAACCUCAUGUUUUCUUUUA